AAUUGACUGGAGGGAGCUGGCCAGCCUGUUGCGCACUUGGCGGCACACGCAGACAGCGCACCACAGCUGCGUGGAUGGACGGAGCCAGUAAUGGACUUGUCUUAAUGACCUUUAUAAAGGCGAUUUUAUGAUCGGAUUCCUGUCGGCUCGGCCUUUCUUCUAAUUUAACAAGGGCUCAAUACAACGUGCCACCUUUACGCAUCCCAGAAGCCGGGGCUGACCGGACACUCGAGACUGUCAACAGCAGGAAGUACAGAAGGACAUCAGCCGUAAAAGCCUGGAUCUGUCUCUGCUGGCUUUUUUCAGUGGUGCUCAACAAUGCAAUGAAGACCUGAAGCCUGACAAUUCAUGUGUGUCAGUCGGCCGAACACACAGUGAAGAGUUGCAGACACCAGUGUUGAACCUGUGUGUGUGUGUGAGUGUGUGUGUGACUAACCCUGCCUGUGUAUUUAUGCAUACACAUUCUGCUGAGUUUAAAGCACCGUGGAGCUGAGCACUUAAGCCAAAGAGUAUGGUCCAACUGCCCACCUCAGUCUGUCUGCUGGGAGGCCUUUUGGGCCUGGUUCUGUUGACACCUGUCCCGACGGCCUCGACGCCAGCCAGCAUGUGCACACCUUUGAGGACGCUCAACGACAGCCUCAGCCACAGGCGGCGGUACAUGAAGCACAACUUCCCCAUCAACUACACCAUCAAGAUUCAUCAGAAGGAAGUCUUUAAAUUGUCAAACAUCAGCAGAAUGAAGUUAAAGGUGGAGGGAUUGGAUGAGCUGGUUCUCCAGAGGCUGUGGUUCCAGGUCAACCAAGGAGUGUUAAAAAAGAUCAUCCGGGUGAUGCCAGAGAGACAUCCUUCGCGUCCCUAUACCGCUGAGUUGGAAAGACGCUUCAGGGAUCUUGAGGGAGUCUUUGUACACUCGCAUCCUGCUGAGGUAUUGCAGCAGGAGCUUCCAGAGACUAUCCAGGACAUGUGGGAUAGUUUAACAGAAGAGCCUGACAGAGUGCCAGAGUCCAGCUGGCGAUUUGCUUCUCCAAAAUCCCUCCUAGACAACUUCUGCCACACCAUGUACUGCCUCUUCAGCAACUGCUUUGCCAGCACAGGGACACAGCAGGACUACUGUGGUGUUUCUCAUUGGAGGAAAGGCAGGAAGAAAGACUUACAGCCUGAAAGCUGAGAGGAGUGGGGUGAAGUUGUCCCCAUUGAUACUACUUAGGGAUUAGUAUCAGUAUCUCCCUUGGCCUGUCGGGAGAGGGGUAAAAUGACAAUCCACACUGAAAAAAAGACAGUUCAGUCCAGAUUUGUGAACAUCAAUAACUCUCUCCCAAAUCUACCAAAGAGGGCCUGUCUUGAUGAUAGGAUGAAGACACCAACCCUGGCAUGGCUCCAUCAAUCAGAGCAGACUAAAAUUGUUGGCACAGUUAACAGUAUUCACCAUGACUUUAUGAGCAUAUGGACUUUCUAUUAAAAUUCCAUUAACCUCCUUUUGGAGUAAAAGCUCCAGCUCCUCAGAUUUCCCAAUUCUGUCAAUUCAAAAGAAUUUGUCUCUUCAUGGCAUCUCAGACUGAUGCUGUGGUAUUCGAGUUUCAAGUUUUGGAAGAGAAUUGUUCAUGUUCACAUAUAUGGACUAAACGAAAUGAAACAAUAUAUUAGAUAAAUUCUUUCCUGAUGUGGAUUCUUUAAGAAGAGGGGUGCGGCGCAAGCCUCUUAAUCCUCAUCAGAGAAGGGUUAACUUCACUUGGAGUGAGGACAUCACUCUGGCUUUGCCAACUCUCUGCCUAAAAAGCCUGUGAUGUGCUCCCAUGGACCUGCAUGGUUCACCUCAGAGACCACCACGAAGCAGUAAGAGAGACUACACAUUGGAUUGUUGUUACAUUGAAAAAACACCAACUGCGCUUGCACCAUAACCAGACUUUUCUUCUAUGAAUGCCUCUUUCAAACAUUAGUGAGCUAGGGCGAGAACAGUGUGCAUAAACUGAACUUCAAAGUUAAAAGCAAUUGCAGAUCUGUUAUUGAUUUUCAUUGACUUUCUCUUUUUUGCCAGGAAACUAUUGAAUAUUUUGAUGAUUCAUUAUCUGUGCAAAGCUUAAAGAGUGACUAUUAGUAUUUCAAAUAUGAAGCAACAUCACUUUCUUUAAAGUUUUAGUUUUACUCCAACAAAUUCUGACUAAGAUUUUACUUCAAAGCAGAUCAAUAAUUCUUGCCAUUUUUUUCUUUUUUUGGUCUGUGUUAAGUUGUGUCGGCUCUGCUCUUACAAGCCACGUCAAGGCGAUCUACGAAGUGUAUUAAAUUGUCAGGCUUUGAGGAAGUAAGAUAGACAGCUAUAUUAUAGAGAUCAUACUUUUGUUUAAUAGGCACAAUGAUUGUAAGACUCAAUGUAAAAAGGAAAAUGCAGACAGAUGAAGCUGGAAAAUGAAGGUAAGUCAUUUAUUUGCAUAACCCAAAACCUGCGUAUGAACUUUGGGAGACUCAGUUCAAGUGACCAUUCAAAAAUUAAUGAGAGAGAGAGAGAGAAAAAAUAAACAGAAAAAAACAAGGUCACAACUAUUAAAAAACUGAAGUGAUCGCAUGCUUACCUGUGCUGUAAGGUGUUACUAUAUGAGCCAAUGUAUUUUAUUAGUAGACAUGCUGUACAUAUAAAAACAAGACUGGCAUCUUGCUCCCUGGUAACUACAGCAGCAGGCAAAUCUUCUUCACAAACUUGGCAAACAUACUUUCACAGUUGUGGAAGAAGUGGUCCACGCUGACAGUGGUUAAGAGGCUCCAAAUACUUCAGAGACUCUCCUACCUAUAUUUGUAGGUUUGACCUCAUUAAAAAACAAACAAACAAACAAACAAAAAACAAAA